UGUAGAUCCGGCAGUGUGUCUGAGAUGUCUCCGUUUCUACCGGGAGAUUCUGCGUGAAAAGCACCGGAGAACCGGAGCCUCUGACGGUGAGGAGGAGGAGAGAGACUCGGGGGAGAGGGUGAAAGAUCCGGGAGAAGAGAGAGAGAGAUCCGGGUAGAGGAGUGGUGCUAAUCAGGAGAUGGCGCCCACCAGGAUGAAGCUGCGAGUGCGUCUGCGGGAUAACGCAGCGGCGGCAGGAGGAGGCGGUGAACCGGAGGAGGAAGAGGAGCAGAGCCGAGGCGGUCGCAGCAGCAGGAGGAAAACCACCUCCACCCCCUCCUCACCUCCUCCCGCCGCCACCUCUUCAGCUUCUCUGCCGGCGCCGGAGGAGGCGUCGCCAGACUCGAAGUGCCCGAUCUGCCUGGACCGCUUCAACAACCUGGCCUACCUGGACCGCUGCCUGCACCGCUUCUGCUUCCCCUGCAUCCAGGAGUGGUCCCACAACAAGGCCGAGUGCCCGCUCUGCAAGCAGCCCUUCGCCUCCAUCCUGCACUCGGUGCGCGCCGAGGACGACUUCAAGGAGUACACGCUGCGGCCGCCGCCCGCCAGCAGCAGCGUAGCCGCCACCGUCGCCAUGGUGGCCGCCAUGGCGUCAGCGGCGCGGAACGACCACCAGAUGAGGCUGAUGCUCCGGAGGCAGCGGGUAGCAGAUGGCGGCGAGGCGACGAGGAGGCGGCGCAGGGAGAGGGGAGGGAGAGGAGGGAGAACAGCGGGGGUUUGGGAGUGGUACAUCAACUCCAGACCCGUCCAGACACCGGAGGAGGAGGAGCACAUCCGGGACGGGGCAGAGGUGUCGGACCGCGGUGUUAUCUUCGAGGGAUUGUCGGGACUCGAGGGCACCGUGACGGCGGUCGCCCCUGACGACCGGGCUUCCCGCCGCCUGAUGUCCCGCCUGGUGUCUCGGCGGAGGCUGCAGCGGGAGGGCGGAGUCGUGCGGAGGUUGAGGGAGCGGGAGACGGUGUCGUUCCGCCGCUCGCUCUACCGCAGCGGCAUCAGAGUCCAAGGCGUCGUCGCUGGCACCAUCACCGAGCAGCCGCUGCGUGACAUCACGGCCGGCAGCUUCCGCGGCAGCCCGGCCCAGCUGGACCGGCUCCGGCCCUGGCUGCGGCGCGAGCUCACGGUGCUUUACGGAGUUCACACCUCGCUGGUGGACAUCGUGCAGCGUAUCAUCAUCGCGCGCCUCCAGCGCCACGGCCUGGAGGACACGCCCACCAUAGAAGAAGAGCUGCGGCCCUUCCUGUUGGCGCGCACCGACCACUUCCUGCAUGAGCUGGUCAGCUUCGCCCGCUCGCCGCUCGUUCUGGAGAGCUACGACCUGCAGGCAGUCUACGAGCCGCCGGACGCCGCCAUGCAGCUCAACGACGACAGCAGCGACGGGUCCGUCAUCGCCAUUUCCGAGGAGGAGGAGGAGGAGGGGGAUGAUCGGCACGAAGACAUGCAGACAGGAAGUUGCCUCAGUCUGGCAGCGUGGGACGACGAGACGCCAGGUCCCUCCUACUCCCUCAGCCCGGCCAAUCAGGAGGCGGCAGAAAAGGAUGAGGAAGAGGAGUGUCUGAUCGUCGGGUACAAGAAGCCGAUCGCAGAGCGGACACCGGAGCUGGUGCAGCUCACCUCCGACAGCGAGGAUGAGGAGGAAGACAAAAAGAAAGUGGAGGAGGAAGACAAGAAGAAGAAAGAGGAGGAACUUCUUGCCGCCGCCGCCGCUCCUCUUCUUCAAUCCCCCACAAUCUCUCCCUGCACAGAGGAGGCACCGAAGGAGAAAGAUGGCGGCUUGUGGUCAUGCAGCAGCAAGGACUCUGCGACCCCCACAGAGAGAGACAGGAAGUCGGGCAGCGAAGCGCCGAGGAGAGAGAAGAGGAAAAGGAGGAGGAAGAGGAGCGGCACGUUGUUCAACCCGAACCGCUCUAUGUUUCCCGCCAUGAUGCGCCGUCGCUCCUCCAGCGCCGAGUCCAGCCCGCCAAACUCCGACUGGGCCGCAUCCUCUUCCUCGCCUUCCUCCUCCUCCUCCUCCACUUUCUCACCCGUGGCGCCGUCGCUGUCCCCCAACAACCACGGAGAGAAACCGGGCGGGAAGAGGAAGUACAAGAGCCGGCACCUGGACCGCGACGACAAGGACCCGACUUGGAGGCCAAGGGAGGAGAAGGAGCGCCGGAAGAGGAGCCGGGAGGAAGAGCGCAGGAAGGAGAGCAGGAGGCGAGAGGAUCGGAGUCCCAGCGUGGAGAUCAUAUACGAGGGGACCAUCACCUCCAGCGCAGCCAACGCCCCCGCCAGGAAGCGGCGCAGGAAGCGCCCCGGCAGGACGCCGCACAGCAGCUCUCCGGUCAUCAUCACGCUGGACAGCGACAGCAGCCGCGGCGCCGACAGCAGCUGCAGUAGCAGUCCAAUCAGCAGCCAGCAGACCGUCGACUUCUCAGACCUCCCUCCCCUCCCAUUGGUGCAUUCCUCCGGCGUGGGCGGAGCCUUGAGCGCUGACAUCGGCGAGCUUCCCAUCGACAUCCUGGACCGCGACGGGUCUGACGGGUCGGAGGAACCCAUCGCCAUCAACAGCGACAUUGACGUGGAGAAGGUAGAGGCGGGGGGGUCUGACGAGGAGCCAAUAGGAGUGGCCGAUUCAAAUGAUGUGACGAAUUCACAGCGCAAAAGGAAGUCGCUUUCCGACAGCCGUCUGUUAGCCCGGAUCCUCAACGACCUGCAGGGAAUCAACGCGCCUACAUUCAACCCAUUGACCUUCGAGCCGCAUGAGGCCAGGGGAAAGCUUUUCAGGGACGGCGGUAUCGAACAUCGGGACUUUGACGCGCCGGCAUGUCGUAGCGCUAUCCACCCGCUACCUUAUUAUGAGCGGUUAAAAGACACGGAAGUUCCUCCUCUCCUAAAACAGGCGAGUCCCGUCAGGCCGUACAACAGGAACACGCCGCCGCCGCUAAAGCACAAAGACGCCGGGAGUCCGUGUCUGUCCCCAGUUUCUCCCGUAGACCUCCAUUCAAAUCCCACCAAUGACAUGCCUCAAGAUAAUUGCGCCAUCCCGCCCAUCUCACUGCUGAAAAAACAUUUCACCAGCGCUCCGAGAGGAGAGCUGGCCUCCGCCAGUUCAGCCAUUGACUCCCAUCUUGCUAAAAUCGGCAUCCAUUCCAUGAGUCAGACACUUCCUGUUGACUCCCAUCCUUCUCCUUCUGAAACUGGCUCCACAAGUGCUGCUAGCUUAUCACAUCUGGAUUUCAACUCAAUUCCUUCCACAAAGGAAACAUCAUCUUCACCCAUUGACUUGCAUCCUUUGAAUUCUUCAUCUCCCUUUGAAUUCCACACGGCCAAAACUGGCCGGCCCAAAGAGAAGCAAGCCAACGCUGCCUCUAGGAAUAAGACUUUGAGCACAGAUUUCUGCCAUGAAUCAACCGUUGACCUCCAUCCUUCCAGCAGUUUUCCUCCUGGGGGCCAGGGGGGAGGAGAUGCUUUCUCAGGAGCUUCCUGUGACGACAGAUCAUCUGGUUUUGUUUCAUCCAUCGAUGCGUUCCAGCCAGCUGACUCCCACUCCUCCAGAAAGAGAGAGACCUUCAGAGUCAGAUCUGCGCCAACAACUGAUCCAAUCGACAGGUUGUCACCCAUUGACAUGCAUUCUCAAAGUCCAAAACAUACCGCUGACCUCCACUCUUCCAGUAAGAGCGAUCACUUUUUGGAAAGUCUUUUAACCUCUAGGGCUAGCUCGGAGCAAAGCACUAUUCCGAGAAGCAGCUUUUCCCCCAUUGACUUACGUCCUUCAAGUCCAAAAUGUACCAUUGACCUACAAACAUCAAGUAAGAAAGAGAACUUUUUAGAAAGUCUUUCAACUUCUAGAGAUAGCCCAAUGCAAACAGCUCCUAGCGGCAUGUUAUCACCCAUUGACGUGCAUCCUAUAAAUCCCAAAUCUAAAGCUGACCACCACUCUCCCAGUAAGUGGGAUAAAUUGUCAGAAAGGCUUUCAGGAUCAUUGUUAGCACCGGCUACAAGUGACAGGUUGUCACCCAUUGACUUGCAUCGUAAAAGUCCCAAAACAUCCGGUGACUUCCACUCGUUCAGCACAACUUCACAAGGACUGUCAGACAACAAAGCAUCGUUAUGUGUCAAUCAUGGGGAUGCAUUGCCUCAUGGCCGCCUGACACCCGUUGACUUGCAUUAUACGAGUCCCGUGCCGCCCGUUAACUCUCAUGUUUCUAGCUCUCGCUUGAACCACACAGCCUUAACCACCGCUACCUUCCAAACAUCACGUAAAAAACGCAGUUUUCAGUCCGAGGCUACCGUUGACUCCCACUCAAAGCCUCAAAACCACCACCAAAGGUUCCCCACUGACGCUCUUUCACAAAAUAAUCUCCCCGUUGACUCCCAUCUAAAACACUCUUGGACGGACAAUCAGGUCACAUCGUCCCGCCAUGCCGGAGAGAGCCAGUGGAACUCACCCACUGACGCCCGUUCAGACCCGGCCACGUGGAACACACAGCUGGAAUAAUGAGUUGCUGGACUCUGGUUUUUAAACUGCUUUUAUAAAUGCGUUGAUUCAAAGUUUGAGGCUGGUUCUGAGGGAACUCUUUUUUAAAGGAUAAAUUAGUCAACUAAAUAAAUUGUGUAAAUGUUUAUUAAAGAAUCAUCCGGACCUUUGGGAUGUGACCCGAAUCCUCACCAUUGAUCAUCCCGGGAAUUAUCUAGAGAUCUGAGAGAAUAAACACUGACUUCUAUCAAACAUUUCCCAGUUUGGGAUGAAUAAAGUACUUCUGAGGACUUCUGA